AUGGAAGACCGGUGGGACCCACGGGCGGUUCCGCGCUGGAGGCGCAGGGCCAGGAGGGGGACUCUCCGACCGAACCAGAACCAGCGGCAGCAGACGCAGGCGACGGUCAUUCGGGCAGUCGACCAGUUCCAAGAAACGACCGUCGAACGAGCCCCCAACCGGCUUUCCCCCGCCGUGCGCCGGCUGGCGUCGGAGCACAACCUGGACGUCGACCGCAUCGCCGGCACCGGCAUGGGCGGGCGCGUCACCAGGAACGACGUGCUGCGCUACCUGGAACAGCAGCCGGCGACCGUGGCGACGGCAACCGCGCCUCCGCUAAGCGUUCCUGCACCGGCAGCGCCGCUCGCGGCGCCGUCUGCCGACGAAGAGCGCGUCCCGCUGACCCCCGUGCGCCGCAUGAUCGCCGACGCCAUGGUGCGCUCGGUGACCCAGAUCCCCCAUGCCUGGAGCAUGGUGGAAGUCGACAUCACUGAGUUGGUCGGCCUGCGUAACCGCGAGCGCGACCAGUUCCGCGCGCGCGAGGGCGUCAACCUGACCUACCUGCCUUUUGCGCUGAAGGCCGUCGCGUCGGCGUUGAAGGACAACCCGACGAUGAACGCGUCGUGGGGCGACGACUGCAUCGUGCUCAAGCGCCGGAUCAACCUGGGCAUCGCGGUGGCCGCGCCGACCGGGCUGGUGGUGCCGGUCAUCCACGACGCGGACCGGCUGAGCAUCUCCGGCCUGGCCCACGCGGUUGCAGAUCUCUCGGAACGGGCGCGCGGCGGCAACCCUGCGGCUGGACGAUGUGCAGGGCGGCACGUUCACGGUGAACAACACCGGCGCGCUGGGCAGCGUGCUGGGCGGGCCGAUCAUCAACCAUCCCCAGGCCGGCAUAAUUACCACCGAGGCGGUGCAGCAGCGCCCCGUGGUCGUUACCAAUGA